AUGGGCACGCAAUCCGCAUUCUGGCUAUCGCUGUACAUAUCAGCAUCCUAUGUGGUUGCCAUAUAUACCACUUCUCGUGGUUUGGAAGAGUAUCCCAGCGGCAGAGAUGAUCCCAGGGUGAUCAGGCGGCGAAUUGGACGCAUAUCGCUGGUUAUCCUUGCAAACAUGCUCGUGGUACCUUGGCUGAUUGUACAACUUGGUUAUGAUGGACCUAAGAUGUCAGUGAAACGCUACAUUCUCGAUUUGGGCAUUGUUCCCGGCUAUUAUCGUGAUGGCCAUUGGGACAUUUCAAAUUAUCUGUGGGAUAUUACGAAGGCCAUUGGCUUGAUGGCGCUUCUCUACGUGGGUCCUUUGGCAGGUGGGCUGCUUUAUUAUGCCACUCUACCCAACAAGCAUCUAUACACCGACCUGAGGGCAGAACUCUUCAACGUAUGGGGACUCAGGAACUACUUAUUUGCUCCGGUAAGUGAAGAGAUUAUCUACACAUCAAUGCUAAUCAACAAUUAUCUAAUACUCUAUCCACAGGGCCAAUGUACACUGAGUACAAUCGUGUGGAAAGUUCCAUUGUUCUUCGGAGUUGCGCAUCUACACCAUGCUUACGAGAUGCACCAGCAAGGUCUUACGGGGGUGGUGCAAGUUAUUUGCAACGCAGCGAUUCAAAUGACUUAUACAACGCUCUUUGGCAGUCUUACUAACUACGCAUUUGUUAAGAGUGGUGGUAACCUAUGGGUCUGUAUCCUACUACAUGUCAUGUGCAACUUCAUGGGGUUUCCCGAAGCCUCCAAGGUCGUCAUGCACCACACAGUCGUCAAGAAAUCCGAUUCAGUUUACGUCAAGAAACUAUUAGACCUCUGGAAGAAAUGUUACCUAGCUCUGCUCCUAAUGGGCCUACUAUUCUUCAAGAACAAGUUCACUACCUUGCUCAACUCAUCAGGCAACCAAAUAGUACUCUGA